GAAAAAGAAUGACCGGGAAGAGACUGGACCGAGAAAGUGUCAAAUGAAUUCGUCCCCAGUUUUCUCCGUGUCAUGAUGCCAGGCUACUCAGGAAAUUUCUUGAGCGGCAAAAAAAACUUUACUCGGGAAAUAUCGACGUCUUUCACGUUAAAAGUUGGAUCAAUUUUGUUUCCUUCAUCGCAUGCGGUUACUUCAUUGACAUCAUUACCUUCAUGGAACGAUAAAGGCUCUCUGAAGCGCUCUUUUGUGGAAAUGUGUGAGUUCUGAGCGAUAUUUAUUCGAAGUUGUUUACCUUGGUCACGAGUCGUCAAGGACCCGAACAUAUUUGCAUCUGGGUUGGAAGACGGCUGAAAAACAUCAAAUAUGAGGUUCAAGACUCAUAUGCUCAAAGAAUCCAAGCAUAAAGAUCUAGUCAGUUGUGUUGGUUGGACAACUGCUGACGAACUGUACUCUAGCGGCGAUGAUCAUAGUAUAUUGAAAUGGAACUUGUUAUCAGAUGAAACCACACAGGUCAUUAAAUUACCAGCAGAAAUCUUCCCAACUGAUAUACACUGGUUUCCACGAAGUGCUGGAGGCAAAAAACAGAGCCAGUCUGAGUUGUUCGUACUUACCUCUACAGAUGGUAACUAAACUGAUAGCCAGUAUUUAUAUUUUCAUAUUGCAAUGGAUGUCUGUGACAGAAUUAUAAUCAUAGUUUUCCAUGAUAGACAGACUUGACCACUGGAGUGUACAGUUGAACCUCAGCUAACGGACACCUUACAUAGAUGGACACCUUGGUAGUGGACCCAGCCACAUACAAACACUGCAUUUUUAC